AUGGUCUCAGAACCUGCCACAAAAACACCGAUCAUCAAGGAUCACGACGGUCGUAUCAACGGACGCUUCAUCGCAUGGCUCCUGUCUUCUGGUCUGAGUCCUAACACUUCGAUCAUUGGAGAUCGCGGUUCUCAGUCUACACCGCUCUUACAAGCUACCUGCAAUCUGCGUGUCGAAGCAGUGUGUCAACUCUUGGAAGCAGGAGCUGACCCCAACCUGGUGGGCGUUGACCAGAAAGCCCCAGCUCUGAUGGCGCUAGUUUCCCUCAACUCGCUAUGCGAGAGUGAGAAGCUGAAGCUAGUUGACAUAGCUAAACGCCUCUUGAGCGCUGGUGCAUCGCUGCAUGAGAAUGAUGACCAGGAAUCCAUUCUCAUGCAAAGCAUCAAGUAUGGGCAUCUAGGCCUUCUCAAAACUCUACUCCAACAUGGAGCAAAUGUUCUGCACCGUAUUCCUUCGAAACCAGACCAAGUCGAGCCCUAUCACGGUCAUCAUAGCGUCAUGUGGUACGCCGUUCAGUCCUCAGAGGAGGCCGAGGCUAUGGAAACCAUCUGCACACUGAUUCACCACGCAAAGUUGACGUGGCCAUCGUCUUCUACAUCAGACUUUGUGACGAUGGAUGUCGUUAUGGCUACUGCUGCUUAUGGUUAUGACCAUAUCUUCGAGAUGCUAUAUAGCAUCUGUCCCGGCAUCGUCAAACUCGAGCACAACGGGUUUCCCGCUCUGCACGCUGCUACGCGUGCGAGACAAACGGAGACCUGUAGACUACUUCUACGUUUGGGGGCCCUCGUUGAUGGCCCCGUGCACCCGGAUCUACCCCCCCCACCGCUCUUUAUUGCCUGGUUCAACGACGAUGCCGACACUGCGGCGCUGUUGUACCAAUCUGGGGCAAACAAGUCUCAGCGAUACGCGACCUAUCUAGCUCAAAAUAAUUGGUGCAAGACCAGUGAUUUCUCCUACUACCUUCUACUGAACAAGUGGGAGAAGAUCUUAUGGGAAGAAACUGCUCAUUUUGACGCGUCAUGGCAGGCUUACAAAAUACAUGUCAUAUCCGGACAAGUAGAGGUCACCGGCAGAUGGGCAUCAUUAGCACAGCAGGGAAAAAAGGUUCCUCCCCGAUCUUUUUUUCGAAACGUACGCUCCAAGAAUAUCGAGGCUUUGCGGCAAGCCCUUAGAGCAAGAGUCGACCCCAAUUGGAUACGUAAAGGAAUUACCGUUCUGCACGAUUCUAUGAUCCCACGAGAAUACGUAGAAGAGGGCUUCUGGUUGAUAACUGAGAAGAAGAUCUGCAAGAAAAUGGCAACUGUUUUGCUCGACGCUGGAGCCAUCUUAACCGGCGGUGAGGCACAGCGGGCAAUUCUUCUGGAUGACUGGGAUUUCGCCAGAUUAAUCCUCCGGCAACAAACGUCAAUGAGCGAGACUACUCAAAGCCCGCCAUAUAUGUCACUGUUGGAGGCAGCGGUUCUGGCGGAUCGCGCUUACACGCUGUUUUCAGUUCUGUCCUAUACUGGCGAGAGGUACGACGCCGGAGCCCUCUGCACAUCUGUUCUUCUCCAAGCUACAGGCGAAGAUGAUUGUGAUGUUGAACAUUUACUGAGUAUUCGUCCUCAACAUACGACGCCAUCACCGCUAGAAGGCUUGGCUAUCGGAAUUGCAGCCUUGUACGACGACUGGGAACUGUUGGAGUUGCUUCUGGAUAAGAUCCAGACACCAGCUUUGGCAAGAUUACCCAACGAACCGGACGCUAGGAGUAGCUAUGGGUUGUCUCUUUACAACCCAGAAACACUCAAGCAUCGUCUCGAGGCUGCCCUCAAGAACUCUUUCAGGAGUGCGAUAUCGUUUUGGCGCUCAGUUGAUCAGGGGAGUCUAGACGGCUCGCCACUUGUGAUGGCUCUCUGGUCCCCGACGUCUCUGUCCCGACUCCUCAAGCACGGAUACCGCCCCGACAAGCUUACGAUUUCUGCCGCAGUCAUUCAAGAAAAUACAGACGUUAUCAAACAAUUGGCAGAAUUGGAUUUGCAAAAUACAAGUCAUCCUUUUGUUGAGGGGCCAGUAUCACUUGCUGUUGAGAAAGAAAUGCCCAACAUUGUCAGAGUUCUACUGGACGCUGGCUACGAUGUAAACGAGAGCAACUACUGCGUCACAUACGGCAGAACUCCGCUUCAAAGCGCAGUAGAGCGGAAAAACCUGGCACUCAUUGAUCUGCUUCUCGACGCAGGUGCUAGGGUCAACGAACCUGCAGCCAAAGACCGAGGCGCCACAGCUCUUCAGGUUGCAGCCAGCAACGGACGUCUCGGACUCGUCAAACAUUUGGUGGACCGUGGGGCUGACAUAAAUGCACCGGGGGCUAUGAAGAGCGGGAGAACGGCACUGGAGACCGCUGCCGAGAAUGGGGGGAUCGACGUGAUUCAGUAUCUCCUCAGUAAUGGAGCGCAGACGACUGGUAAACAAGGUCAGCUGCAGUACCUUCGAGCCUACAAGUAUGCUGUGGAAGAAGGACGCCUGGCAGCAGCAGAUCUCCUCAAAAGCCACCGGCGUUGGACAGCAGAAGACGAGGCACUGUGGUCAAGGUUGGAGAAGAUGUCGAAAAGCAGCUGUUCAGAGCUUGAGUCGAAUGAGGAGGGCUCGCCAGGCGAACUUCAGCAUCCGGAUAAUGAUGGCGUCUCGGCUGCGUCUGCCGCGGGAACCGAAUUGGCUAAUGAAUUGGAAGAGCUAGAGAUCAUGACCAAAAAUCCAUUGGACUUCUGGUCGCCCUGA